AUGAUAGAUCCCGUUCGUGAAGAUGAGGCCGAUCCGCCUUCUCACGUGGCAACUGAGACGGUGUUGGAUGACAACGAGUGUUACAGAUUGAUCUAUCGAGAGUCAUCCCAAAGAUAUGAGGUCUACGUCAAGCAAGCUCCGAAGGCGGUUCCUUAUAAGCGGCAUGGUUAUAAGUGGUCCCCUAUUGGCGCUGAGAAACACUUGCUACGAGAAGCGUUUGAGGACAUGGUGGCAUUUGAUGCUAUAGCCCCGGGAAUUCCGGCUAAGGUCGUCCCGGCCAGGCUUAUGGUGGCUUAUGGCAAACGCACUCGAGGGGUGUCUGAUCUUAGAGAUUAUAAUGAGGGUUGUGGGAGUGCCCCAGCCCCGAAAGGUGGAGUAAGAAAGAUUAUGAAUGACUUACGUAUCCCUGGUUGUAGUCAGGUAGCUCAGAUGGAUAUUUCUCGUGCGUAUUACUCAAUCUUAUUCUUCCCGGAUAACCCAGAGGUCCCCGUUCCUGCGUUUGAAUACGAUGGCCGUCCCUAUCAUUAUGUUCGGCUCCCUAUGGGUUGGGUACAUUCGUCUCGUAUCCUCGCACAAGUGGUAUCCCAUGCACUACCUACAUGGCCGGUAAAAAGUGGAGCGUAUAGAAGUGUAUAUGCCGACAACCUAUGCUAUGUGUGUUCCGAUGAGAUGAAAGUCCAGAUGGAAGAGUGGAUGGCCCGAGACCGACAAGCUUUACAAGACCGAGGAAUGUGGAUAAAAGAUUCGGCGGUGGAAUGGUUAACUGAGACCAAUACUUUGACCAUAUUGGGGUAUGACUUACGCCGACAAGGUUCGCGCACGAUGAUGUAUGUUCGUAUGAAACCCUUACCUCGAGCGGUCAGGAAGAGAGACCUACUGGUUAUUAACGGUUAUGCUUAUGAUGAGCUAUUUGUCACUGGUAUAGGUGGAUACAAGGCGCUCUUGUCAUCGGUGGCUAUGGCUGGUGUGCCCGCCGACCGUAAGAAGGAAUAUAUGGGCCAUCACCUGGAGCCAGGUGUAAUUAAUCUAUCAGAGAAGAUCAAGCAAAAGAUCGUAACUGCUCAAGGAAAGGGAGUCAUGUGGGCCCCACGGCUCGGCGAACCAUUGAUGAUUUAUACUGAUGCUUCUACAUCUGGUUGGGGGUUCAAGGUUAUGCAAGGGGCGGAUGUUCUAGCCCGUGGGUCUGGAAGAUGGCCUAAAGAUCAACGACUGUGGGGCAUGCCUACCAAGGAGGCCAUGGCAGCACUACGAGGACUUACAUCAAUACCCCCUUCGUGGACAGAGAUGUUGCCGGUUGAAUGGAUGACUGAUUCGGCAACUACCUUAUCGGCUUUAGCUAAGAUCAGCCGUGGAGGAGAUGUCCCUGCGAUGAACGUGACGUUUCGCAGGCGAGUAGCCGAAAUCGCUGAAUGGUUACGAUUACAUGCUAAGGCGUCCUCGGUUAAGGUCGACACGAAGCUGAACAAGGCGGAUGGUUUAAGUAGACGGGGUUAA